AGACCAUUCUACAGGAAAGGCGUUCAGGGAAUGUUCAGGAAAACUGAUAUCAACAUCAUCUGGAACAAAGGGUAUUCUCUAACUCCACUUACUUUCGCUCCACUUUUUUCACUUUAGAGGACAGAAAUCUUGUCGUUGUGAACAAUGUUCUUAAUGCAUCUCAGAAAAACAUGCUGCAGAUUCAGAAUCUAUACUAUGUGCCUGGAAGCUAUGCCAUGCAGACAGGACCUACACUACAUAAUGAAGAUUGACCAUAACCUACAACAUUGGUGGCGAACCUAUGGCACGUGUGCCAGAGGUGGCACUCAGAGCUCUCUCUGUGGGCACAUGCACCAUCGUUCCAACACAGACGUCACUAGAGUUUGUUACUACAAAUCCAGAGAGACGCAGCACUUUGCAAUAAUAAAUAAGUGAGGUUUGGGUUGCAGUUUGGGCACUCGGUCUCUAAAAGGUUCUCCAUCACUGACCUACAAUAUAUGACUGGAACCUAGGCUCUGUGUCUUCAAACAAUUGGGCAAUUUUCCUUCCCUGAUGAUCGUGGAAAGAUAUGGCUGAAACAAGCAGCCCAACAUCUAGAGCAAAUGGAAGUGUUAACAAUGGAGGAGAAACCUUGGAUAUAAAGGUGUGGCUAAAGCAUUCCUAUCACCUGAGGUUGAAGUGAGAGACAUCAGACAGGGACCACCACCAUUCUACCUAUCUUGCAUAUAUAUCCAGCCAUCUGACCUGCCCUACCUGAGAGGAAGAAGCAAGCCUCUCCCAAAAUAAAGACAAAGAACAGAAGGAAGAAAUUCCUUUACCAGGCUUUUCUUUUUAGUUUCCGUCUUUGAAUGGAGAUGAACAAUUGCCUUGCAAUUACGGAGACCUCAGAGGCAAGAAGUGCUUCAUCUCAAAAUGAAUCUCAGAAGGUGUUUGGAGAACCUGGAGAUGUUAUUGAGGUUUUCAAGCAAGAUGGCAACCAUUUGGUUGUCAACAUAGGUGAUGGAUCGGGAGUUUACCUGACAAUCUCAAGGGACUCAAAAAAGGCUUUGGUGAAAAAUGAACCUCUUCACACAUUAGUGGGAGAUAGCCCAUACCUUACCAUAGAGAUGGAUGACAAGACCCACAGGCACAAACCUGUACAACAGAUCAUCAUUGAUGCAAAGGCAAUGAUAGGGGAGGAGAUAGACUACUGUGACUUCAGUAACACUAGCAAGAAUUUUAUCACAACUCUGCUGUUUGAAAUUAUAGAUAACAAAAAGGUGGUACCAAAAGCUGGAGACCUGAUUGAAAUUCCACGUCGUGUUAAAAUUCCAUAUUGUGUUUAUCAGCACUGGGCUCUAUACGUAUCCCAUGGAUUUGUAGUCCACUUAGCUUCAACAGGACCAGGGCACUUGGGAAAAGAAAAAUCUGUGGUGAAGAAAGAACUACUGUUGGAUGUAGUAGGAAAUGACAAGUUUCAAAUCAAUAACUUGAGUGACAAAACCUACACACCCAAACCUGCACAAGAAAUAGUUAGAUGUGCACUUGAAAAGGUUGGAGACAAAAUAGACUAUCAUUUGAUAAAAAGGAACUGUGAACAUUUUGUCAAUGAAGUGCGUUAUGGAAUUCCAUUCAGUAAACAAUCACAUCCACUCUGUUCAUUAUUCUUCCCAACAACAAAUUUUUAAAAGUACAAACUAAAAGUGGAAUUUCCAGUCCUUUUUCUGAUAAUUUCUUAUAUUAGAGAGGAAGAAGGGAACAAUUCAAAUUUAGAGAGUUAAGAGUAAAAAGCAACUGAAUAGAGAAAGAUUUGUAACUGAUGAUUUAGUGUCACUAUUCUAACAUACUAUCUAUGAAACUAUACAAAGGCCCAUUCCAGACGGGCGUAAAGUACGUCCCCAGGAUGUACUAGGGUUAGGAAGGGGCGUCACUUCCUGACACCCCUAACCCUAGUACAUACUGGGUAUGUACAA